AUGACGAGCCGUCGCCGUGACAUGCGACAGCACCUGACUUUCCCGCCAUCAUGCCUCCUUAUCCUCUGCCCCGCGGCAUCCACGUGUCGUGCGUGUCUUCCGCCUAUGUUCUCGGCAGCAGCAAACGGCUCCCCUCCGAACCCUUUUUGGGAGAUCGACUUCGACUGGCUGAGUAACGAGAACCAAAUCGCCAUGACGCGAUUCGCCGUGGCGCAGCACAACGCCGCCAAGUCACUCCCUUCCCUUCAUUCUUCAACGCUUCCCCUUUUCUUCUCCCCGUCUCCCCUUCCCCCUUCUCCCCUUCUCUCCUUCUAUUUUCCCCUUCUCCCCUACUCCCCUUCUCUUCUCCCCUUCUUCCCUUCUUCCCUUCUUCCCUUCUUCCCUUCUUCCCUUCUUCCCUUCUUCCCCUCCUUCUUCCCUUCUCUCCGUCUCCCCUUAUCCUCCCCGUCUCUCGCCUCUCUAUGUCAGAACGACAGCCUACAGCCAGUCGGAGUUCUCUAUGUGGAGCGCGCAGACAUUGCCAGCACAGGCAAUGGCAGCGCAGGCAACUCAAGCGCGGGCGGGGAGGAGUACCUUGUGACACUGGCGGCUCUCAACCUGCUGCGUGGCCGCACUGCCGGAAGCGCGCUCCUGCUGAUUUCGGUGGUGGAGGCACAGGUGUUGGUGCCGUCAUACAGAUACAGAGAGUACAAUUUCACACUACUGGCAGCAGAUGAGGGCACCGGCAUGGCGGCUCAUUAUGCCACGCACGCACUGGAUAACAGCAGCGGCGCCACGCCUGAUACUUCACAAGGGGGGAACGCGAGCGGGAGGAGUUCGGUGAAUGUGACGGCGUUUGCGGUGGUGCGGGGACGCAGCGGAAUGCAACAGCGGGGGAGAUGGGCGCGGCGGCAGCAGGGGGGUGUGCCGGGAGGAACGGGAGCAGCAGCAGUGCUGGGUGUCAGCCUCUCCUCCUCCAAUGUGACUCUGCUGGAUGUGCUUGCAGCGAGGGCGAAUGUGGUGGAGGGGGCAGGGAUCGACAACAGCGUGACUGUAACAGCAGCAGCGGCGGAUGUACCGCCUGCAGCAACGGCACCUGCAGCAGUGCUGACUGCGCCUGGAAUCAAAGCCAAGGCAGCAGGCGAGGGGGCAGUAGACGAGGGAGGGCCAAGGGAGCAAGUGGUGGUGGUGAAGGUGGUGGUGUGGCAGCCGGUGCCCUUCACAGGUCACCGCCUGGUUGACUUCUUUUCUCCUGGAUGCGGGAGGUGGUGA